CGACCCGCGGCGCGACCACGGCGCCGCGCCACAGCAAGCCUCGCGGCAGGAAACAAUGAAGGGAGACAGCAGACAUCUGAAUGAAGAAGAGGGCGCCAGUGGGGGUGAGGAAUGUGUCAUUGUCAAUGGGAACUGUAGUGACCAUUCCUCAGACACUAAGGAUGCUCCCUCACCCCCAGUCUUGGAGGCAGUCUGCGCAGAGGCAGAUAGCACACCAGAGAGCAGAGGCCGCAGAUCAAGUUCAAGGCUGUCAAAGAGGGAGGUCUCCGGCCUGCUGAGUUACACUCAGGACCUGACAGGAAAUGGAGAUGAUGAGGCAGAGGAUGGGGACGGCGAUGAUGUCCUACUGAUGCCAAAGCUCACACGCGAGACCAAGGAGACCAAGUCAUUCUCUGAAAGCCCGGCUAUGCGAACCCGAAAUAACAACAGUACCUCCAGCCUAGGGAGGCAAAGAACCUCCCUCAGAAUCACCCGAGGCCGCCAGGGCCGACACCAUGUGCAGGAAUACCCCGUGGAGUUCCCAGCUACCAGGUCUCGGAGGCGUCGGGCAUCGUCAGCAAGCACGCCAUGGUCGUCUCCUGCCAGCCCUUCCCUCGUAGAAGAAGGGACACCUCAGAACAGCAGUACCCCAUCAAUUGACUUGAGCCAGGACAUCUAUCAGGAGGACAUAGACACUACACAGCUGGAGGCAGAAGGCAAAGAUGGAGACAGCACUGAGUACCAGGAUGAUAAGGAGUUUGGAAUAGGCGAUCUUGUGUGGGGAAAAAUCAAAGGAUUCUCCUGGUGGCCUGCCAUGGUGGUGUCCUGGAAAGCCACCUCCAAGCGCCAGGCCAUGCCCGGCAUGCGAUGGGUACAGUGGUUUGGUGACGGCAAGUUUUCAGAGAUCUCUGCUGACAAACUCAUGGCCCUGGGGCUAUUCAGCCAGCACUUUAACCUGGCCACCUUCAAUAAGCUGGUGUCCUAUAGGAAGGCCAUGUACCACACUCUGGAGAGAGCCAGGGUGCGAGCUGGCAAGACCUUCCCCAGCAGCCCCGGAGACUCACUGGAGGACCAGCUGAAGCCCAUGCUAGAGUGGGCCCACGGGGGCUUCAAGCCCACUGGCAUUGAGGGCCUCAAACCGAACAACAAGCAACCAGUGGUUAAUAAGUCGAAGGUGCAUCGUUCAGGCAGUAGGAAGUUAGAACCCAGGAGACACGAGAACAAAAGUCGAAGACGUACAACCAACGACUCUGCCUCUUCUGAGUACUGUCCCCCACCCAAGCGCCUCAAGACAAAUAGCUAUGGCGGGAAAGACCGAGGGGAGGAUGAUGAGAGCCGAGAACGGAUGGCUUCUGACGUUGCCAACAACAAAGGCAAUCUGGAAGACCGCUGUUUGUCCUGCGGUAGGAAGAACCCUGUGUCCUUCCACCCCCUCUUUGAGGGUGGGCUCUGUCAGAGUUGCCGGGUAAGUCUGCCUGCCCCUUCCUCCUGUCCCUUCCUUCCUCACUCAGGCUCCCAGCAUAGUCCCUGCUCCAGGCCAUACGGUAAUGUUGGAGGCAGGGAGGCUGUGCUGCAGGUGCUCUUUGCAGUAAGGACAGUGGCAGAUGCUGUUGCCAAAGGCUGUGCUGUGAAGUCACAGAUGCACAGCGAGGCCUCAGCGCCUUCUCCUCCGUGUCUGCGAAAAGCAGAGCAUUUGUGGAAGCAUAAAGAAUUUCUCCAGUCUCUGUCCUCUCCCUGUGUCUGCCUGUCCCUGCCAGCUCUCCAGACCCAUGCCUUCAGUCCUCUGCCCUCUGAUGCUUCUGAGCCUGACCCCACUUAUAAGCCUUCUGUGCUCACCCCGCGAUAUUGUUUUGUUCUCCAGUUAAAGAAAGUACAGACAAUAACCACCAAGUCGAACUCCAUCAGACAGGGGAAAAACCAGCUUUUCCCUGUAGUGAUGAAUGGCAAGGACGAUGAUUUGUGGUGCACUGAGCUCGAAAGGAUCUUCGGCUUUCCUGCACACUACACAGACGUGUCCAACAUGGGCCGUGGUGCCCGCCAGAAGCUGCUGGGGAAGUCCUGGAGUGUGCCAGUCAUCAGACACCUCUUUGCCCCCUUGAAGGACUAUUUUGCAUGUGAAUAGUUCUGGAGUCUUGGGGUCAUAUUGAUCCUCGAAGCACCCUUCCUUAGUUUACCUCUUGGGGUCUCACUAUAUCCUCAGCUCUCUUCUGCUCAGUGGUAGCAGAGCCUCCUGUCCCUACGGGGCACCUCUCUGUGCACAGCUCAGAACCUCUCUGUGCACAUCUUACAGUGGCCCAACAUGGUCCUCAUGUUUUCCAAGUUUAAAACUUUAAAACCAAGCUGAGUGGUGGUGGUGCACGUCUUUACUCCCAGUGCUUGGGAGGCAGAGGCAGUCGAUCACUGUGAGUUCGAGACCAGCCUGGUCUACAGAACAAGUUCCAGGACAGUCAAGACUACACAGAGAAACCCUGCAUUGAAAGACCAGAGUCAUGUGACAACAUGGGAGAAACUGUGCUUUGUUUCUGCUGAUUUUUAGGCUGAAAGAUAACAGAUGCAUAGAGUUUUCCCUUUUGUUUCAUUAAAACCAGUGUUUCUCAGCAAUAAUCUC